CUCAUUGUUUCAGAGUAGGCCAAAUUCGAAGUCCUUUCCAGGGAGUGGCCCUGUUCAUCUUACUCCCCAGCCAAAGUGGAACAGAGGAGAGAGACACAUUCAACAACCCAAGGACUCGGUGGAAAGAGCAGAGAACCAUCAACAACAUGGUGUUCUUCGGACCCAAAGUGCUCCUGCUUCUCACCGCCCUCAUCAUGUCCUCUGGCCGGACACCCCUAGGGGUCAGCGGACAGCGAGGAGAUGAUGUGACCACAGUGACUUCAGAAACAUUCACAGAAGAUCCUAAUCUGGUGAAUGAUCCCGCUACAGAUGAAACAGUUCUGGCUGAUAUCAAGCCUUCCACCGAUGACCUGGCCUCACUCAACGACAAAAAUACCACCACAGAGUGCCGGGAUGAGAAAUUCGCCUGCACAAGACUCUACUCCGUGCAUCGGCCAAUCAAGCAAUGCCUCCAUCAGAUAUGCUUCACCAGUUCACGGCGUAUGUAUGUCAUCAACAAUGAGAUCUGCUCCCGUCUUGUCUGUAAAGAACACGAAGCUAUGAAAGAUGAACUCUGCCGUCAGAAGGCUGGUCUGCCCCCAAGGCGACUCCGACGCUCCAACUACUUCCGCCUUCCUCCCUGUGACAAUGUGAAUUUGCAGGGACCCAGUGGUCUGUGAUCAACAAGGAAGAGGAAGGAAAGAAUGUGUGGGUGGGAGGGAACUCCUUGUCCAACCAUUGUCAGCCAACCCAUAGACAUAAGUAGUUCUUAAACCAAUCCCUUUGCAAUGUCUAGCUUUUGCCCCUACUUCUUCAUUUUUUUUUUAACCCGCUUCUGUCAUUUUUCAGUACGUAACAUAUAGUUUUUGUAGUAUUGCAUAGUUUUGCUGCUUCUCCGUAUCAUAGACCUGGUAGAUAAAUGAUUAAUGUGUCACUUAGAUAGAAACAUUCUAUGUACAAUGUCAAGAGAAAAUAAACUUGAAUAAAAUUAUUAAAAAUAUUAA